AUGGACGCCAUCAAAGAGACCUUUGCCAAGUGCAAAGAGCAGAGGCGCGCAGCCCUUGUCGCCUACAUCACAGCAGGAUACCCCACUGUUGAGGAGACCGUCGAUACCCUCUUGGGUCUUGAGAACGGUGGAGCCGAUAUCAUCGAGCUUGGCAUUCCUUUCACUGAUCCCAUUGCUGAUGGCCCUACCAUUCAAACUGCUAACACCAAGGCUCUGGAGAAUGGCGUUACCCUCACUAUCGUCCUCGAACUUGUUCGCACUGCACGCAGCCGUGGCUUAAAGACUCCGCUUCUCCUGAUGGGGUACUUCAACCCUGUCCUGAAGUAUGGAGAGGAGCGCAUGCUCCGCGAUUGCAAGGAGGCUGGAGUGAACGGUUUCAUUAUGGUUGAUUUGCCCCCCGAGGAGGCUGUUCGUUUCCGUGACCUCUGCGCUAGCACUGGUCUGUCUUACGUCCCCCUCAUUGCCCCUGCUACCUCCGACUCGCGCAUGCGUCUUCUCUGCAAGAUUGCAGACAGCUUCAUUUACGUCGUUUCCCGCAUGGGUGUAACCGGUGCCACCGGCUCACUCAGCGCCAACAUCCCCGAGCUUCUGAAGCGUGUCCACGAAUACUCCGGCAAUGUCCCUGCCGCAUUGGGCUUCGGUGUGAGCACUCGUGAGCACUUCCUCUCCGUCCAGGAACAGGCCGAGGGUGUCGUCAUUGGCAGUCAGAUCAUCACUGUCGUUGGCAAGGCCCCUGCUGGCCAGGCUGCCAAGGCUGCUGAGGACUACCUCUCCAGCAUCACCGGACGCAAGCGCGAGCGCGAUGCAUCAGGUACCUUCACCCGCGAGGUCAAUGUCCUCGAGGCCAUCCAGAAGGCCCUGCCCGACACUACUGCUCAGCCGACCAAGGUCAUCACCGAUGCCGACACCCCUGCCGGACCUGGUCUCGGCGACCAGCUCGAGGCUCUCAAUGUGACCAAGGACGUAUCUUCGCAGCCCUCACGAUUCGGCGAGUUCGGCGGACAGUACGUCCCCGAGUCUCUCAUGGACUGCUUGGCCGAGCUCGAGCGCGGCUUCGACCAGGCCAACAACGACCCCAAGUUCUGGGAAGAGUUCCGCUCCUACUACCCCUACAUGGGCCGUCCCAGUAGCCUGCACAUGGCGCAGCGGCUGACUGAUCACAUCGGCGGCGCGAACAUCUGGCUCAAGCGCGAGGAUCUCAACCACACCGGCAGCCACAAGAUCAACAACGCCCUCGGCCAGAUCCUCAUCGCCCGCCGCCUCGGCAAGACGCGCAUCAUCGCCGAAACCGGCGCCGGCCAACACGGCGUAGCAACAGCGACCGUCUGCGCCAAGUUCGGCAUGGCAUGCACAGUCUUCAUGGGCGCCGAAGACGUCCGCCGCCAAGGCCUCAACGUCUUCCGCAUGAAACUCCUCGGCGCCUCCGUCGUCGCCGUCGAAGCCGGCAGCCGCACCCUCCGCGACGCAGUCAACGAAGCCCUCCGCGCUUGGGUCGUCGAGCUCGACACAACCCACUACAUCAUCGGCUCCGCAAUCGGCCCCCACCCCUUCCCGACAAUCGUCCGCACCUUCCAAUCCGUCAUCGGCAGCGAAACAAAGGAGCAAAUGCAAGCCCAGAUCGGCAAGCUACCCGACGCCGUCGUCGCCUGUGUCGGCGGUGGCAGUAACGCCGUCGGCAUGUUCUACCCCUUCUCCAACGACCCCAGCGUCAAACUCAUCGGCGUCGAGGCUGCCGGCGAUGGCGUUGACACUAACCGUCAUUCCGCCACCCUCUCUGGCGGUUCACACGGUGUCCUGCACGGCGUCCGUACUUACGUUCUGCAGAACGAGCACGGCCAGAUCGCUGAGACUCACUCGAUUUCCGCUGGUCUCGAUUACCCCGGUGUCGGACCGGAGCUUAGUAACUGGAAGGAUACGAACCGCGCUACUUUCAUCACGGCCGACGAUAGCCAGGCUCUGGCUGGUUUCCGUGCCCUUGCUCAGCAUGAGGGUAUUAUUCCUGCCUUGGAGUCUUCGCACGCUGUCUGGGGUGUCAUGCAAUUGGCUAAGCAGAUGGAGAAGGGUCAGAAUAUUGUUCUGAACUUGAGUGGUCGGGGUGAUAAGGAUGUGCAGCAGGUUGCUGAUGAGCUUCCUCGCUUGGGUCCUAAGAUCAAUUGGGACCUGCGUUUCUAG